UCAACUUUUGAAGAUCAAAUGCUUUCAAAUUAUGUACCAGUAUAUGUAAUGCUCCCAUUAGGAAUUGUUACAGAUAAAAAUGUCUUAGAAGACGGAGUGAAACUGGAGAAACAACUCAGGAAGCUACACGAAGCAGGUGUCGAUGGGGUUAUGAUUGAUGUCUGGUGGGGCAUAGUAGAAUCCAAGGGGCCUGGACAAUAUGAUUGGUCCGCUUAUAGGACCUUAUUUCAAUUGGUUCAAAAGUGCAAAUUGAAGUUACAAGUUAUAAUGUCGUUCCACCAAUGUGGGGCGAAUGUGGGGGAUUCGGUUUUCAUCUCACUACCUAAAUGGGUCCUUGAAGUUGGAGAAAAAAACCCUGAUAUCUUUUACACCAACUAUAAAGGUAUCAGGAAUAAGGAAUGUUUAUCCCUCGGGGUAGACAAAGAACCUGUGUUUCAUGGACGAAGUCCGAUUGAGCUGUAUAGAGACUACAUGAGGAGCUUCCGAGAGAAUAUGGAAGAGUUUCUUAAAUCUCAGCUCAUGAUAGACAUUGAAGUAGGACUUGGCCCUGCAGGAGAACUCAGAUACCCCUCUUACACACAAAAUGUGGGGUGGGUAUUUCCUGGAAUUGGAGAAUUUCAGUGCUAUGACAAAUAUCUUAAAGCUGAUUUCAAAGAGGCUGCAGCAGAAGCAGGUCAUCCUGAGUGGGAGCUGCCAGAUAAUGCUGGAAAACCGAACGAUAAACCCGAAUCCACAGAAUUUUUCAAAUCAAAUGGAACUUAUCAAACGGAGAAAGGCCGUUUUUUUCUGACAUGGUAUUCCAACAAGUUGUUGACCCAUGGUGAUGAUAUCUUGGAUGAAGCCAACAAAGUAUUCCUUGGUUACAGAGUGAAAUUAGCAGCAAAAGUUGCCGGAAUCCACUGGUGGUAUAAAACAGAAAGCCAUGCUGCAGAGCUUACUGCGGGAUAUUACAACUUAUGUCAUAGAGAUGGAUACAGACCCAUAGCAAGGAUGCUUUCCCGACAUAAUGCUAUUUUAAAUUUUACUUGUCUUGAGAUGAAAAAUGUUGAGCAACCAGUUGAAGCCCAAAGUGGAGCCGAGGAACUUGUCAAGCAGGUUCUUAGUGGCGGCUGGGCGGAGAAGAUUGAAGUUGCAGGAGAAAAUGCACUCGCAAGAUAUGACCGUGAAGCUUAUGACCAAAUCCUUUCAAAUACUAGACCGAACGGUGUUGUCAAAUUUGGCCAUCCAGCACGAAAAAUGUAUGGCGUGACGUACCUCCGUUUAUCAGACAAGUUAAUGAAGCAAAGAAACUUUGACAUAUUCAAAACCUUCGUGAAAAAGAUGCAUGCAAACCUGGAUUACUGUUCGGACCCGGAAAGGUACUAUCAUUUCACAGAACCUAUGGAGCGAUCAAAGCCAAGGAUUCCAUUAGAGAUUCUUCUGGAAGCAACGGAACCAUUGGAGCCUUAUCCAUGGUUAAAGGAAACGGAUGUAACCCGACGUGUGCUUGCUGGUUUUCUUCAUUACAUACUUGCUACUGUUUUACGCAUACUCAGAAUAAAAGUAAACUAGAAAUGGAAUGUAAAAGAAUGAUGGAAUUGAGGAAUAAC